AUGUAUAAGGAGAAGGCCGACAAAGACUCUUCGAAUAAGUGUCCAGACAUGUGGGCCAUAGGCAGUGGUUGCUUGAGAUUACAUCUCACUUGGGAUUUACAGUCAAAACUUCCGUCCAUUAAGAAAUGCGGCACAGAGUCCUUUCAAGCUGUCAUUUCGGACACUCGCGCGACCGGUAUUGACAUGGGACAAACAUCAUCUCGCACUGCAGAGUGGAUUGCCGAGGAAACACCUCGUAUUCGCUUAGACCAACCACGUCCAGCGAAAGCUGCGCAGACCCCCACAAGGCAAUGA